AUGGGGAAAACCGGCGGGAAUAUGGAGCCAAUGCCCUUUGUGCGCAAAUUCGGAAGUGCAGCCGCUACCGAAGGCGAUCCGAACGAGCAAGAUGAUGGACCUGUGACAGCAGCUCCACCACCAAAUAUGGAUGAGAGUUCAUCACGAAGAGAACGUAAGAAGGAUCGAAAAAGAAGCCGUAGUCGAGAAAAGAAAGAGAAACGAUCAAAGCGUAGUCGCUCACGAUCUCGUGACCGUCGUUCGCGUUCACGUGAACGAAAACGCUCUCGUUCACGCGAUAGGAGGGAUCGGCGACGAUCGUCGCAGUCACCAACGGAUCUAAAGCCAGAUAUCAAGCCGGAUUUCAAAGCAUCGACGCCACCACCUUCACAAAUGCCAAUUAUCAAUCCACUUGUUCGAGAAGAUUUGUUGGAGGAAGCCGCUGAAAAACCUGAACUGGCCGUUGCUCUUAUUCGGCCUGCACGAGAACGCAAAUCACGAUGGUCAACUCAGAAAAGCUUUGUCCCAGGAAUGCCAACAAUCUUGCCAGCCAAUCUAACGGAUGAGCAACGGGAAGCCUACUUGCUUCAACUCGACGUCGAAGAAGCAACUCGAAAAUUACGGCUUGGAGACUUUGGCGAUCCAAAUAAUAGGAGUCCAUCUCCCGAACCGAUCUAUGAUUCAAAUGGAAAGCGGUUGAAUACUCGAGAUGUGCGUAAGCGUCAAGAAGUUGAGAUCUUCCGUCACACAAAAAUUCAACGCUUGCUUCAAAUCAAUCCCAACUACAAACCACCAGCCGAUUAUAGGGCGCCUAACAUUCGACUAAACGACCGUGUAUGGAUUCCACAAGAUGAAAAUCCACAUAUCAACUUUGUUGGCCUUCUGAUUGGUCCACGUGGAAGUACACUCAAAACGCUCGAAGCUGAGACUGGUUGUAAAAUUAUCAUCAGAGGAAAAGGAUCAAUCAAAGAGGGCAAGCUGGCUGGUCGCAUGGGGCCUCUUCCUGGCGAAAAUGAACCAUUACACGCUUAUGUCACUGGAAACGAUUUGAACUUAAUUAAAGGCGCUUGUGAAAGGAUUCGUUCAAUUAUUGAAGAAGCAAUUAUGGGAGGACCAAUUGGUGGACCAAACGAUCUCCGCGCCCUUCAACUUCGUGAGCUUGCAAUGAUGAAUGGCACGUUCCGACCUGAAGAUUUUCUUGGAGGCAAUAGAUGCUCUAAUUGUGGAUCGGAAGAGCACAAAACUUGGGAAUGUCCUAAUGCUCCCAACAUGACAGCAAAAAUUGUGUGUACUGCUUGUGGAAGUGCUGGCCACUUGACUCGUGAUUGUCGAAAUCCUCGUCCUGGCUGGGAAACUGCAGCUGGUGCGGCUGCUGGAAUGGAUGAUGAAUAUUCUGCAUUGAUGGCUGAGCUGGAGGGUGGUCAAGGAGGGGCAAAUGGAGAUGCUGCACGUGGAGCCACAGCUGCUCGCGCUCGAGGUACUGCUACACGAGGUGUGUUUAAUCGACCCGGAUUGAGUUAUCAAGGCCCUGGACGUGGAGGUUUCGGAGGUGGAUUUAUGCCACCUCCUGGCGGAUUUCCUCCACCUCAUGGGGGUUUUCCACCGCCAUUCUUCCCACCUCCUGGUGGUGAUAUGGGUUACAAUUCAUUUGCAUCAAUGGGAGGCCCACCACCUCCACCACCACCAAGUGGCGCUGGAGCAGAUUUUGCACCGAAUGUUGUUUCGUCCCGUGAUCGUGGCUACUAUGGAGGAGGUGGCGGUUAUGGCUAUGGGGGUCACUCGCAUCCGCUCCCAGUUCCACCCCCUCCACCACCAGCUGGAGUAUCAGCUUUCGCACCGCCACCGCCGCCGCCACCAGUCCCUCAACCGGAUCUGUCGUCGUUGCUCAAAUCGGCUCCACCUCCGCCACCACCACAA